GUAAGAUUGUGAUGGUUGGCAGCGAGGGUGAGGGAGGGGGGCGGACCCUGCUGGUCCUGGCACUGCUGCUGGCCCUCACAGCUCCUGCUGCUGCUGUACACUUGUCCUGGUGUAGUGAUGAGUGGUGAGGCUGGGCAUGAGGAGGUGAUGACGGGGGUUGAUGGUGGCCGUGAGGCACCACCUCCACCACACUAUGCAUGCUUUGGUGCAAGACACAUUUUGGCUUUGAUGGGUUUCGUGGGCUUUGCUAAUGUGUAUGCCAUGCGAGUUAACUUGUCUGUAGCCAUUGUUGCUAUGGUUAACAAUACAGCUAUUCCACAUACAAAUAUCACUGAAGUAGAUGUGUGUCAGACUCCUGUUGACAACUCCACUCAAGUUUCUGAGGAUGGUGAAUUCAUAUGGAAUGAAUAUGAACAAGGAAUGAUCUUGGGAUCUUUCUUCUGGGGCUACAUAUUGACUAAUAUACUUGGAGGACGAUUAGGAGAAUUAAUAGGUGGCAAAAUUGUGUUUGGUGUUGGUGUUCUUAUCACAUCUGUAUUGACCAUCCUAACACCAGUGGUGGCACGAACAAGCACGCCAUUACUUAUUGCCCUUCGUGUAGUGGAAGGUUUAGGCGAGGGUGUAACUUUCCCAGCGAUGAACUCACUGAUGGCCAAGUGGGUUCCUCCCCUCGAACGAAGCAAGAUGAGUUCCCUUGUAUAUGCUGGAGCUCAGUUUGGGACUGUGAUAUCACUUCCAAUCUCUGGUUUAUUAUGUCAGUCAUCUUUCCUUGGGGGCUGGCCAGCAGUCUUCUAUGUGUUUGGUGUGCUGGGACUACUUUGGUUCUUACUCUGGAUGCUUCUGAUCCAUAACACUCCUGAGUCACAUCCCAGGAUAUCCUUGGAAGAGAAGAUUUACAUUCAGACAUCACUUGACCAGACAACAAGCAACACAAAAGUUGCAGCCAUUCCGUGGCGGCAUAUUCUAAGAUCUCUGCCAUUCUGGGCCAUCUUUGUGGUGCAUAUAGCACAAAACUGGGGGUUCUACACUCUGCUAACUGAGCUGCCUACAUAUAUGAAGAACAUUUUGCAUUUUAAUAUAGCUCAUGAUAGUUUUGUAUCCGCUUUGCCCUAUCUGUUGAUGUGGGUGUUCAGUGUUGUUGCAGGACAGGUUGCCGACUACUUCAGGGCACGAGGCACCCUCUCUACCACAGCUACCCGCAGAAUCUUCAAUAGUAUUGGCAUUUAUGGUCCAAUGGUUUGCAUCAUCCUGACUGGCUAUGCUGGCUGUAACAAAAAUAUAGCAGUUGCCUUACUUUGUGGAGCUGUAGGCCUCAAUGGAGCUGUGUAUUCUGGCUACAUGAACUCUCACCUGGAUAUUGCUCCCAACUUUGCUGGUACACUUAUGGGCAUCACCAACACUGCUGCUACCAUCCCAGGGUUCUUGGCUCCUCAGCUGGUUGGAUAUCUCACUAAUGGAAAGGAAACUGUGGGACAGUGGAAGUUAAUAUUUUGGAUAGCUGGCAUAGUGUACUUUGUAGGAAACACAUUUUACGUAAUAUUUGUGUCUGGAGAAGAACAGUAUUGGAAUGAUAUUGACAAAGCACAUGGCUACUCCAGAAUACAUGAGGCAGCACACACAGGACAGUAUGGCUCUCUUGCCAACCAACAAGAUGAUGCAUCACACUCUCGAGGAAUCUCUGCCGAUGGAGCAACAACCCCUACAACAUUUUCGAAGAUAUUUUAGGCAAUCAUAUUUUUAAUACUGUACAGUAUAAUUUUAUGUACUGAAUGUGCAGUUAUAUAACUUAUAUUAAUUAACCAAAUAUUUAUGAUGUAAAAUUAUUAUUUUACAAUGUUUUGAAAUGGGUGCCAUGAAUUUAGAUGGAAUUACUAAUUUUUAUGUUCUUGAUCUUUAAUGCAAAUGUUGCAAUUGAAAAUUCUUAAAUUAUACUAAUUUACUUUAAAAUUGUCAUGAAUGUUGUCAUUAAUUUAAUUUUUAUUUGGCCGUCAGCAAUGAGCAAUCACACAUGUACAGAUUUUUAGUCUAAAAUAAAGUGAGAUACAGAGUUG